AAAACUACGCGCGAGCUCUGUAACGGCCGGAUCGCGGUGUCGGUGGCCGAGCGGAGGGGCUGACCGGCGGGAGGGAGGCGACGGAGGACGGCUCUCGGCUUGUUUGUUCGCCGACCGAAGGCUCGCCGCCGCUCACUGGACUUUGAGACGAAAACUAACUUCAGCCCCGGCUAGCAGGCGGUUAGCUAGCAGAGCUAACUAGCUCGGCUCGGCUCGGCUUCGCGGCAGCUCGGACGCCGAACGGUAGCCCGGCUCCCCCUUCAGCGGCAACUUCCAGGGAGCACCGUCCGUCUCACGGAGGCAGCUCGGGAGAGCGCCAUGCACACAGGACCAGCCCCCGAACCGGACCGAGCUGUGCAGAUGAGACGGCAGGAUUCCGUGCAAACGUUUCAACGAGGCAAUAGGCCAGGCAGGAAAUUGGAGUAAAGCUGAACCAGAAGGCUUCGCUACCCAGCAGCUUGUGUGUCACCGCGAGUGUGUGUGUGUGUGUGUCGUGUGAGUGUGUGUGUGUGUGUGUGUGUGUGUGCUCGAAGUGCCUAUGGCGGAGUUUGGGGAGGACGGCAGCCUGCCUCCAUUGAGUCUCGGGGAUCCGGCCGUGCCCAGCGACGAGGCAGCUGGCAAGACGCAUUGCGAAGUGUCGGUGCUGAAUGGGGACUGUGGGAUAUCGGAGAACAUGGUCGGCUCCGGAUCCGUCGUCGCACCUGGCAGCCAAGCCGACAACACCUCUGUCGGACAGGACGCCAAAUCCGAGAUACCGCGCAGGAGCAGCAUUAUCAAGGAUGGAAGGCAGCGUAAAGAGAGAAAGAAGACUGUCUCGUUCAGCAGCAUGCCCACUGAGAAGAAGAUUAGCAGUGCAAGCGAUUGCAUCAGUGCCAUGGUGGACGGCUCUGAGCUGAAGAAAGUUCGGUCUAAUUCACGCAUUUACCACCGCUACUUUCUCCUUGAUGCCGACAUGCAGUCUUUGAGGUGGGAGCCUUCAAAGAAGGAGUCAGAAAAGGCCAAAAUUGAUGUAAAAUCCAUCAAAGAGGUUCGGACAGGGAAAAAUACAGACACUUUUAGAACUAAUGGAACUUAUGAUCAGAUAUCAGAGGACUGUGCUUUCUCUAUCAUCUUUGGGGAGAACUAUGAGUCCCUGGACUUGGUGGCAAACACUGCAGAUGUAGCCAACAUAUGGGUUACAGGCUUGAGGUACCUGAUCUCCUAUGGGAAACAUACCUUAAACAUGAUUGAGAGCAGUCAGAACAAUAUGCGCUCGUCUUGGCUCGGUGAGCUCUUUGAUGAGGAGGACGGUAACAACAGCAAACAGAUAACAAUAUGUGCUGCUGUGCAGCUGGUCAAGAAGUUGAACCCGGGACUUAAAAAUGUGAAAAUAGAACUGAAAUUCAAGGAGCUUCACAAAGCAAAGGACAAAUCAGGUUCUGACGUGACAAAAGAGGAGUUCAUCGAAGUCUUUCACGAUCUCUGCACCAGACCGGAAAUUUAUUUUCUCUUCGUUCAGUUCUCAAGUAACAAAGAAUUUCUCGAUAGCAAGGACUUGAUGAUAUUCCUGGAGGCAGAGCAGGGAAUGGCACAAGUCAGCGAAGACACCAGCUUAGAGGUCAUUCAGGAAUAUGAGCCGUCCAAAGAGGGCCAGCUCAAGGGUUGGCUUUCUCUCGAUGGGUUCUCCAACUAUCUUAUGUCUCCAGAGUGCCAUAUAUUUGACCCUGAGCAAAAGUCAGCGUGCCAAGACAUGAAUCAGCCCUUAUCCCACUACUACAUCAAUGCAUCCCACAACACAUACCUGAUAGAGGACCAGUUCAGAGGUCCCUCUGACGUGACGGGGUAUAUCCGUGCCCUGAAGAUGGGCUGCCGCAGCGUGGAGCUGGAUGUGUGGGAUGGGCCAGAUAAUGAACCUGUGAUCUACACUGGUCACACGAUGACCUCACAGAUAGUUUUUCGCAGCGUCAUUGACGUCAUCAACAAGUAUGCCUUCGUUGCCUCUGAGUUUCCACUGAUACUGUGUUUAGAAAACCACUGCUCCUUAAAGCAGCAGAGAGUCAUGUUUCAGCACCUGAAGAAGAUCCUUGGAGACAAGAUCCACAUAGAUCCUCCAAAACCAGAGGACUGUUACCUCCCCUCUCCCUCUGAACUGAAGGGGAAGAUCCUGCUGAAGGGUAAGAAACUGAGCACCAACUGCACGGCCUCAGAAGGUGAGGUGACGGAUGAGGAUGAGGGGGCAGAGAUGUCUCAGAGGAUGAGCAUCGAGUCUGCAGAGCAGCAGACUAUCGCACCCAAGAAAUUCCAGCUGUCGAAGGACCUCUCUGAUCUCGUGACCUUGUGUAAAUCUGUGGAGUUCAAAGACUUCCCAACAUCCUUCCAGAGCCAGAAGCACUGGGAGCUCUGCUCUUUCAACGAGGUCUUUGCCAGUCGCUGCGCCAGUGACUUCCCAGGCGAUUUUGUUAACUAUAACAAGAAGUUCCUGGCACGAGUUUACCCGAGCCCCAUGCGGAUCGACUCCAGCAACAUGAAUCCACAAGAUUUCUGGAAGUGUGGCUGUCAGAUUGUGGCCAUGAACUACCAGACUCCUGGUCUGAUGAUGGAUUUAAACAUCGGCUGGUUCCGUCAGAAUGGAAACUGUGGCUACGUGCUGCGUCCGGCAAUCAUGAGGGAGCAGGUGUCAUAUUUUAGUGCCAACACUAAAGAUUCAGUGCCUGGUGUUUCUCCACAGCUCUUACACAUCAAGAUCAUCAGUGGACAAAACUUCCCCAAACCCAAAGGCUCAGGUGCCAAAGGAGAUGUGGUCGACCCGUAUGUGUACGUGGAAAUACACGGGAUUCCUGCUGACUGUGCCGAGCAAAGGACUAAAACCGUCAACCAGAACGGAGACAACCCUCUGUUUGACGAGAGCUUUGAGUUUCAGAUAAACCUCCCAGAGCUCGCGAUGGUGCGCUUUGUUGUGCUGGAUGACGACUACAUUGGCGAUGAAUUUAUUGGCCAGUACACGAUCCCCUUCGAGUGUCUCCAGCCGGGUUUCCGCCAUGUGCCGCUGCAGUCUCUGACGGGGGAAGUUUUACCUCAUACCUUGCUGUUUGUUCAUGUGGCCAUAACCAAUCGAAGAGGAGGCGGCAAACCGCACAAAAGGGGACUGUCUGUACGAAAAGGCAAGAGGAGUCGAGAGUACGCCAGCAUGAGAGUGCUAUUGAUCAAGGCUGUGGACGACGUCUUCAAAACAGCCAUGCUGCCGCUGAGGGAGGCGACAGACCUCAGAGAAAACAUGCAGAAUGCCAUAGUGUCCUUUAAAGAGCUGUGCGGCCUUUCAGCAGUGGCUAACCUGAAGCAGUGCAUCUUGGCCCUUUCCCCUCGACUGACGGGGCCUGACAACAGCCCCCUUCUGGUGUUCAACCUCACUGACCAGUACCCUAACCUGGAGCCCCAAGGCCUGCUACCAGAGGUCCUCAAAAAGGUCGUCACCACCUAUGACAUGGUGAUCCAGACCAGCAAGACACUGCUGGAGAACUGUGAGGGGGUGUAUGAGAGGAUUCUACAAACCCAGAAAGCAGCGAUGGAAUUUCACGAGAACCUCCACGACUUGGCAGUGAAGGAAGGGCUGAAGGGCAGAAAGCUGCACAAAGCAGUGGAGAGCUUCACGUGGAACAUCACAAUACUGAAGGGCCAGGCCGACCUGCUGAAGCAUGCCAGGAGUGAAGUCCAGGAGAACCUGAAGCAGAUCCACUACGCUGCCCUCACCUGUAACCUGAGUAAAGGCGGCGCGGUGGGCGGUUCCUCCGGCUCCUCAGAGUCCAAGAGCAGACGCAGCCUGGAGGCCAUCCCCGAGAAGGCCACCGGGGAGGACGAGCUCACCGACGAGGACAACUGAAGACCCACAGUCCUGGUGCUCCGCUGGCACCCAGACCUCGACUGUUCCUGCCUCCUGAGCUCAAACCCAAAGCUCUCCGCCUGUCCGUCUGUCCUUCACCACUCUGUGUCUUCACGCAGGCGUCAUCGCUCCACACACACCAGUGUUUUCCCACAUUCCACCGUGUACAUUCCUGCAUCCCGAGCACAGCUGUAACCUCUCAAGAGGUUCUGCCUUGUAAUCAUCGAUAACACGCCACCACUAUUCCAGGCACGAGUCGUGCCCCGAGCUCAGUUCACAGAGCGGUCUCAGCCCACGGUUCUUCCACGUCAAAACAAGGUUGGAAAACCAACCAUUUGCUCCACGUCUACUGCUGCCGAGCCUCAGCGUCCCCGAUCACAGACCCCUCCAUCUCCCGCCCCGGUGCAGGAGUGCGUUGCCCUGCUGUCCCUCUUCUGACCCUCGUCCCACAUCUCCCGGGUGAGCCAGGAGAGCCGAGCGAACUACCAGCUACGAGACUGUUGAGACGUCGACCUACUGUUGGAGACGGUGCACUUCUGCUCAGCGGACCAGGUGUCACCAAGCUGACAGAGAAAACAAGGCCUUGGAUUGUUGCAGGAGAUUUCUUAAAGCACAAUUUUCUGGAGCUAUGAAUGUAACAGGACAGAGGAGGAGCGGGAACGAGACGGAAAUGGAAGAAAACAAAGUCAUGAAAGAGAGUACAGAGCUGUUUACAAUACUGAACUAGUCCAUGUUCUCGUCUGCCAAAAUAGUAUGCUAUGUGUAUAUAUGGAGUUUCCUGUUACCUUUUUUCUGCAGAGUGCAUCAUUUUAUUAUUGUAUACUGGGAAAUAUAAGAUUUAUUUUAUAAAAGAUAUAUGUGGAGAAGUUUUAUUAGUCUGUGGACGUCCGAUAAAGAGGUUUGGAGAGACAGAAGGACUGAUGACAGAAUGUAUUCAACUGUUUGUUUGGUGCAAACAACAAAGUCUCAAAAUUCACAACCAGCAGCUGCAUGAAGGGACCCAUGACUCGCUCAGCAACAGUUUGGACACGUGUUCAUGUUUUACCGUUUGGUUUGGGAACAUGUACGCCUUUAUUUUUGGGGCGUGGUCCUUCCAUUUCAAGGCGCUACACGAGUUUUGCCAAAAUCAACUUUGGACUGUUAAACAAAAUGUAUUUGACCAAAACGUCUGCAUUCAUGGUUAGUUUUAGACGUCCGCUACACAUUCAAAGUGCAGGAUUUUAAGAUUUUAGAUCCAAACUAAUUCCACUGAAAUCGGCUGCUGGGCAGAGCAACUGAACACAUCUCACAGGAUGAGAUCUGGACUUUGAAUGGGAGGUCAUGCACAAAAACAAAGACGAUGGUUUCAGUGUAAUCAUGCAGUUUGUGCUGUUCUGUAUAAAGGUGUCUCCCUGUCCCACGGUUAGUCGCUGUUCUAUCCUAAAUCAUUCUGAGAUGUUGUCCAAGGAACCACUGUGCAGGAUUACCAACGCUUCAAACGGCUCGUGGUUCCUGUCGACGAGUAGCAACCCUUUGAUAACCUUUGUCAGAAUUUAAACUCAGGUCUGAGCAGAUUGUUGGGAAGGACUUCAGAGUCAAACGGCUUCACAACCAUUCCUGGUGGCACAAUGAGGAAGGACGUCUGGUUUUAGCGUGGUUUGUCCCACAUGUUGCUUCAGUGAUGCCCGGAUUUGUUUUCCAUUUAUCAGUUCUGUUAUUUAAAGCUGGAGUGCAGGACUUCUACCUGAACAUGAAUGUCACAUGUUACGUUCACACCUGACCGGUUAAUCCCGUCAGCAGCAGGCAGAUAUGUGUGUGUUUCACAGAGUUUUAAAUCUGGUUUCUGUGGUGACACUCCUGCAGAGAUAGCGAUGCGUUUGAUGUCAGUGUGAGCUGAAGAGGGAAGAACCCGUAGCGACGGAACCUUUGUCCACAUGUAGGUGUUCCAGCCUUCUCUCCACAUGCAAACAGACGUACGUCACCGCACAAAGACAUUUAGAAAAACUCCUUCCAGGAUGAAGACAGUCAGUCAGAGUGUUGGCGUGUGGACGGAGAAAACUCAGCUUGUGUUUACGGUUAUCUCUGUUGUUCACACGAAGCGAUCUAGUUCAGCGGUGAGUGUGGCCAGACUAGUGCAGGUGCUAACUUUGCUAACAGGAUGUUUUGUUUCUAUGUUUACACACGAGUGUGUAGUUACGGAAACGUCUGAAUCAGUCACCACGAAUGAGUCCUUCUUCCUCGUUGCUACCAGAACUGGAAAUAGCUUCGAUUUGCCAACUUGCCUGUCGGUGCGACACGCUCUUCCAUUUUCAUAAGGACAGAAUGAAAACAAAAGGAGGAAAAAUACCCAUUUUAAAUUACAUGUGGACGACAGAGGAGGUUACAGGAGUAGGAGCAUCGCAGAAAAGAACAGAAGCAGCUGAUUAAAGUUCCUCAACGUUCAGCAGGAAUAUUACAGCCUGAAAAAGAAAGUGAUCUGCAGUAAUGUUAAGUUAAAUUAGUUCUAGUUAAAACAUUUCAUUUCUAAUAACGGAGACACUUGAACUUGUAAGUAAAAGAAAUGUUUGGUCUGUAUAACAUCAGCACACGGUGAUCUGCAGCCUGUCAGAGGAACAUUAAAUCCACUAAAGCAGCAAAAUUAUUAUUAGAAAAUAUAUAAAAAUGUAUAAAACAUAGUUUGAAAACUUAACUGAUUACCACAAUUGCUGCAGAUGAACCUUUUUCACUUGUUUAACUCACUAAUCUUUGCAGCUCUGUUUGCUGCCUCGAUGAGGGUUUGCAACCGCAGGAGUGGAUCAGAAAGAUGCAGCGAACAAAGUUAGCGCUGCAGGUCCAGAUCAGAGCCUUCAGAGCCUGAAACGAUGCUACGAUGUGCUUAAAAUAGGUUAAAGUGUGAGAUUCCAACAACUCUGUUUACCAGCCGUCUGUCAUUCACGCUCCACGAGUACCGGAGCGUUUACGUAGAAGUGUGUCCCACAGAGCGGUGUGUAUCCUCCAGCCCCAGAGACCAGCACUCAGAGAACAUCCUGUAUCAGCUGCACACCAACUCACAGAAUAAACAUUCAUUAGCUGCAGAUGAGAGGCUCUGCCAGCAACAGUCGCAGGUUCAGCUUCCACCAGCGUUCAGCCCUGAAUGCUGGAUUAAUUUGUCCCUGGUUUUAAAACCUGUCCACACCUCCCGCAGACCCCCGGCGAGACGUCUCUGAGUUCCAGUGCUGUGCCAGUCGACGUGUUUCUAAUUGUUGUUGAGAGGAUGAAAAGUGAAGCAUUUCAACUGUAUUUCAAGUCUCAUCUCUUUACCUGUCAAGCUAAAAGAAAAAGCAACCUCUGAAUAAACAAUGUUGGAUAGAU